AUGGCAAAAAUCGCUACAUUGUUUGUAAAUCGCUACCAAUUGACACCACAGACUAGUUUACCCCAGCUUAGUAGUUAUGCCGAAGAGUUGGCUAGUAAACUUUCAGAUGGUAAAACAAAAGAGCAAGCCCGAAAAGCCAGAGAUCAAGCUAAAAGACGCUUUCAAGAGUUGGGAUUAAGUAAGGAGCAAGCUGAUACUCUUAUCCCCAUUCGAGCACCUGGAAGGCAUGUUGUGGAAAGAGAUCCCAUCAAGGUUAUUGCACAAGAUAUUAUAAAAAACAAUCUCUCACCUGAAGAGAUAAAUGGAAUAGCAUACGACUUGGCUUCUUCCGCUCCUACUACUGUUGCUGGAAAUUCUCGUCUUAAUUUAUUACGGAAAAAAUUGCGUAGCUUAGGAGCUGACUAUCCCAUCACUGAGGCAACGAAAAUACCCUUUAUUACUGAAGAAGCAAAUCAGAUUCAAGCAAGAAAGCGUAUACUUCGUGGAAUUAAUGGCUAUGAUUGUCCCGAGUUCUUUUACCUGGAAAAAGUUCAGGAAAGACUUAACGAAUGUAAUAUUACCAAGCCUCCUUCAAUGCAAAAUCUAAUAGACAUAAUGAUAAUGCUAUGUAUGCGAUCGGCAGAUGUGAAAAAUCUUCGUAUCAAUCGAUACAAACCAAGUCGUGAGUCAUGGUAUAAUCCUGACUAUUCUUGGUACUGCAUUGGUUAUGCAAAAAAUAAAGGUGAAGUAGAAGAACCUCGACCAUUCCUUUCAAUGGAAAAAAAUCCAAUACGAGCAAGAGAAUUACUUAUCUGGAUUCAGAGAUCAAUACCGGAUAAAUUUUCCUUCUUGUUAAAAGAUAAGGAUGGAAAUACUAAUGUUGCACCUCUUAAUCAAUUCCUAAGUUGCCAUAGAAUUACCUCAUUUAUAUUAAGAAAAAUAGGAGCUGAUCAUGCUUCCAGAGUACAUGGAGGCAUAAAAUAG